AUGUCUUCAAUCAAGGUCGUCCUCACUCCAGAAUGUCAAAACAUGUGGGCUCAAAGACAAGGAUCGAUGGAAAUGGUAAGUAAGGGAGCUAAGGGGACCCCACUGUUCCCGGGUCUUAAGUUUAUGAUAGAUGGGAUGGAGGAUAAGUCGAACUAUUCGAUUUCGCUGACGUUGGAACGAGUGGAUUCAACUCGACUGACAUUCAAGAAUGGCUCGUGGACCCGGUCGGAAGUGCGGAACUCAAAGGAUGCUCAUCCUUACAAAUGCAUCAAUCAUCCAGAUGGCAUCCAGACAGGAGAGUAUUGGCGGUCUCACCCGAUCGAAUUUGACCAAUUGAGGAUUACGUCGAAGGUUGAUCUGGAGAAACAGGACGAGAACAUGCUGUUCGUUAGGACUAUGUAUAGAUAUGUUGCCGUGCUCACUGUCAACGACAUGACUUCUGGACCAAUUCGUAUUAUGGUGCACACUGCUCAAUUCAUCCCUGUCUCCAUCUACCAGGAUAACACUAUAGGACGUUGGAAAUCUCAGUACAAUAAGUUUGCGACAAUUGGAAAUGGAGGUUUGGGAGCACCUGGUGGAGGCAAAGUGAAGAAAAGCAAAGGAAGACAUGUUUUGUCUUCUCCAAUCACUCCAGUGACUACUCCGAUAGCUGCAUACGGCACUCAGUAUCCUGGAUAUAACACUGGCUUCUAUCCUAUGAGCAAUGGAUACAACUUUCCCCAAGUCAACUAUAGUUAUCCAGUCAUGACUUCACAAUACCAGUGUCCAAUGUCUUCACUACAACACUCUGGCUACGGUGGAUCGGUCACGGAUCAAUGGAAUAUGCCAACCUACCCACCUACGGCUACUCCGGAUAUCACUGCAGCUCACUGGCCACAAGGAUCCUCCAUGGCUUCUAGCAUGACUGCUGCAUAUUCAUUCUACCCGUCGAGUAGCUGUUCAUCUGGAUCUUCAUCACCUGGAGCUUCUAUGAACUCAGACUUCAAUGGAUACACGUUCAGCAAGUCAAACGGAUCACCAUCUGGCUUGUCUCCUGGCUACAGUACCACCACCUCUCCUUCUAGCUCAUCAAGCCGUUCUUCUGGAUCCUCAUCACCUGUCACUUCUGUGGAGUACAGCUUCGAUGGAUCCACUUCCACCAGAUCCAGCCAAUCCCCCUAUGGCUCAUUUCCUGGCUACAGUACCUCCACUUCUCUUGUCGGAUCCAUCACCCCAUCUGACUCUUCGGAUGACUCCACCUCUUCUCUGUUCGAUGGAAAUGUGGACUACUCCAUCGCCUUCAAGCCAUAUGAAUUCCUGACUGAUGAUGAUAUCCCACUACCCUAUUGA